AUGUCAUACUACCCUCCUGCUCAAGGCUAUCCUGGUUAUCCUCCCCAGCAACAAUACGCUGCCGGCGCACCCGUCGGCUAUCCACCAACCCAACCCGGCUACCCUGCCUACCCACCCCAGGGCGGUGCACCUCCACCUGGUCAGCCCGGAUACGGAUACCCUGCUGCUGCCCCAGGUGCGCCACCACCAGCUCCCUAUGGCGCCCCUGCUCCCUAUGGCGCCCCCGCCCCCUAUGGCGCCCCCGCUCCCUACGGGUACCCCGCUCCAGGCGCACCUCCACCAGCCCCCUACGGAUACUCUGCUCCAGCUGCAGGAGCUCAUCCUCCACCACCUCAGCACGCUCCCACCAUGACUCAUGCGCCCACAAUGACUCAUGCCCCGACUAUGGCCAUGGGCCAGCCUAACUACUACCAACCCGCUGCUGGUGGACCCACACCUCAACAGGAUGCCGAGACUAUUCACUCGGCCUGCAGGGGCUUUGGUACUGAUGAGAAGCGAGUCAUCAGUGUUGUUGCUGCCAGACCUCCAGAACACUUGGCAGUAGUGGCCUCGGUGUACAAGCAGUUCUACGGACGAGAUUUGGUGGAGGUUCUCGACAAGGAGACGAGCGGUCAUUUCGGUCGAGCACUCCACUAUCUCAUCCUCCCGCCCAUCGUGCUCGAUGCAGAGCUGAUUUAUCAGGCCUGCAUCGGUGCCGGUACCAACGAGCGCUGCUUGAUUCAAACUCUUGUGGGAAGGACCAACGCAGACAUGGCACAACUCAAGUAUGUCUUCCAGUCUAAAUACAACCGCUCCCUCGAGGAAACAGUCAAGAGCGAUGUCAGUGGAUACUUUGAGAAGUUACUUGUCGUCUGUAUCCAGGGCACCCGUGAUGAGAUUGGACACUAUCAGUAUAACGUUGAGGCAGAUACCCAGGCAUUAUACAAAGCAGGAGAGGGCAAAAUGGGCACAGACGAGUCGCAGUUCAUCCACAUCCUCACCAACAGACCCGAUGCCCAUCUUCGACUUGUCUUCAAGCAAUACGAAUCCCGCCACGGCAAAAAGUUUAGCAAGGUCGUCGUCAAGGAGUUCUCCGGAUGGAUUGAGACCGCGCUUGUUUACUUGGUCGAGUGGAUCGAAAACCCAGCAAUGUGUAUCGCCAAGAACAUGGAAAAGGCGAUGGAGGGUGCAGGAACGGAUGAUGCCUCGUUGACACGGUUGGUGGUUCGCAACCGGACACCGGCCUUCAUGGCCCAGAUCAAGGCCAACUACACCGCCAAGUACAAGAAGUCGUUGCGCGACAGGAUCAAGGGCGAGACCAGUGGAGAUUACCGACGCACGCUGUUCACGGCCAUUGGUGAACCAGAACGAGGUUAA